GAUCCGCCUCUGAGGUUUCACGGGCUCGCUGGUAUUUAUACCAAAGACACAUCAGGACUCGGUCCCAGAGGAAAGGAGCCCUUGCCUCCACGGUGAGUACUGCCCAGCCCUGGUUUCCCUUUUCCUUGGAGGAGAGUGGGAAGGAAAAACACCCCAGGGGGGCUUUGGGGUGCCUUGGCAUUUAUGGGGUGACCCCAACUCGGUUUGCACAGCACGGGCGGGGGAUGCCAACCCCGGCACGACCCUGCAGCCAGGGGCUUCUGUGGAGGCAAUGAGAGCUGGUCUGCAGCCAAAGCGGGUCGUGCUCUUCCAGAAAUCCUUGCGAUUUUGUUUUUUUUUUCUUUUUGGGCUCCUGUGAGGUUUUUGCCUGCUUCCCUCUGGAUUUGGGAGCGCAUCCGCCAGCAGAGGUGGGGGGUACCCCCUGGGAAGGGCUAUUUUUUUCCCAUUUUUGGGAAAGGAUGCGAGGGCAGAGCAGCAAGGGGCUGCCGAGACAGGACUGGAUGAGAGGGCAUUUCCUGCCUUCCCCCUGCCCGCUCGGCGGGCGCCGGCCAGGGACGGCAAAGCCGGAGCACCCCGAGGAGCGCUGCUGCCGGUCAAGCACGGGCGGGAAGCUUUGGCACCCAUUUGGGGCACCGGCUGGCGAAGGAUGGAGAAGCAGCAUCAGCGUGGAGCAGCACCCGUGGGGGACGAGCAUCAGCCCGCUGCCAGCAUCGCUUGCACCAGGGUCGGACCGCAGAGGAUUUUGCGGGGCUGUGCAUCCCCAAGGACUCUAACCUUUCGAACACCCAAAGCCGGACGCGGUGGUGCGGCGUAACCCUCUCCCCCACCCUUUAACGCUGUGUUCCCCCUUCGCCCCAGCUUUUCUCCCAGGUCCCCCUGAACGCCAACCGCUCCCGGCCCCACCAUGUGCGAGGAGGAGACCACUGCCCUGGUCUGCGACAACGGCUCCGGCCUCUGCAAAGCCGGUUUUGCCGGUGACGAUGCUCCCCGUGCCGUCUUCCCCUCCAUCGUGGGGCGGCCCCGGCACCAGGGUGUCAUGGUAGGCAUGGGGCAGAAAGACAGCUACGUGGGCGACGAGGCGCAGAGCAAGAGGGGUAUCCUCACGCUCAAGUACCCCAUCGAGCACGGCAUCAUCACCAACUGGGAUGACAUGGAGAAGAUCUGGCACCACUCCUUCUACAACGAGCUGCGCGUGGCCCCCGAGGAGCACCCGACCCUGCUCACCGAGGCACCCCUCAACCCCAAGGCCAACCGGGAGAAGAUGACGCAGAUCAUGUUUGAAACCUUUAACGUCCCCGCCAUGUACGUCGCCAUCCAAGCUGUCCUCUCCCUCUACGCCUCCGGCCGCACAACCGGUAUCGUCCUCGACUCCGGGGAUGGCGUCACCCACAACGUGCCCAUCUACGAGGGCUACGCUCUGCCCCACGCCAUCAUGCGUCUUGACUUGGCCGGCCGUGACCUCACUGACUACCUCAUGAAGAUCCUCACUGAGAGGGGCUACUCCUUCGUCACCACUGCCGAGCGGGAAAUUGUGCGCGACAUCAAGGAGAAGCUCUGCUAUGUGGCCCUCGACUUUGAGAACGAGAUGGCCACGGCUGCCUCCUCCUCCUCGCUGGAGAAGAGCUACGAGCUCCCCGAUGGGCAGGUCAUCACCAUCGGGAACGAGCGUUUCCGCUGCCCUGAGACCCUCUUCCAACCCUCCUUCAUCGGCAUGGAGUCAGCUGGCAUCCAUGAGACAACCUACAACUCCAUCAUGAAGUGCGACAUCGACAUCCGCAAGGACCUCUACGCCAACAAUGUGUUGUCCGGCGGCACCACCAUGUACCCCGGCAUCGCCGACCGCAUGCAGAAGGAAAUCACGGCGCUGGCUCCCAGCACCAUGAAGAUCAAAAUCAUCGCCCCACCGGAGCGGAAGUACUCGGUGUGGAUCGGCGGCUCCAUCCUGGCGUCCCUCUCCACCUUCCAGCAGAUGUGGAUCAGCAAACCCGAGUACGACGAGGCCGGACCCUCCAUCGUCCACCGAAAAUGCUUUUAAGCCCCCUCCCCACCCUGCGGCGGCGCCCCCCACCCGGGCCGGGGCGCCCCGCUCCUCCUCGCUCCCCGCUGCUCCUCCCCACUGCCCACUGUGCAUUAAAGCCUUUUCUCCAGGCUCUGCCCCUU